AGUCUUACUGCUUUCAAAGCUGUGUGACUCAGACCCCUUCACUGUCCCACUGCUUGCAGGACUGGCUGAGUUCAGCCACAGAGAAAGAUCGAGACCACCGGACUCAUUACAGUUGUAACUGUACUGCUCUUUCUUUUCUAGAGAGCAGAGCUCUCUAUACUGCACAUGAGGGUAUCAGUUUGGUGGGAAAAAGGCUGCCAGUGUUGACCACUUCCUCACGUUCAGCAGGGCAGAUCUGCAUGAAAGUUGGUUUGAAACCUGAGCUGUGAGUUCUCUUACAACGGUGAGCUACAGGAGGACGGAGACUACAGAACGCUGGGAUAUUUGGUCCAAACUGAGCCGCUCAUUGCUUUACUGCCUUCAUAACAAAGAGACCCCAAUGGAGACUUGGUGGACUUUGCUACUUCUGCUGUUGACGGUUCUCCUUGGCCAAGCUGGAGCAGACAGAAAGGGGAACGUUAAGGUGGGGGGUCAGCAGGGGCAGAGUUGUCAGGAGCAGAUGUCCCACUCAUCAGAGCCAAAGGCCAGCCGCUGCUCCUACACCUUCGUUGUUCCCCAGCAGCUAACAGGGGCUGUGUGCGUGACAUCACGCACAGCUGCAAGCAAGGCCAACCUGUCUGAGGUGGCAGCCCUGUGGGCAGAGAUGAGGCGCCAAAAGGGGCAGUUGGAAGAACUGCGAGCGCUUCUGGGAAGGGACAAUGGCCUAGUGGAGGAGGUGCGUGCAUUGCGAGCAGAGAGCAGUGGCCUGAAUGCGCGCUUAACUCAGACGUAUGCCCAGCUGUUGCAGCAGGUCCUCCAGAGCAAGGACCUGACACUGGAACAACAGCAACUGGAGAGCUUGCUGCUCAACACCACUGCACAGGUGCUGCAGGUCUCUGCCAGUUACAAUGAACUGGAGAGGAAGUAUGAGAUGCUCAAUUCUAAAGUGACCAAUCAGAGUGAGCUGAUCACCAGGCUGGAGAAGCAGUGCCAGGUGAAAAACACAGGCCUGCCACAGCAGGGGGUCUCAUUACCCAUCUACACAGAGCCCCAAAGGGCCCAAAAUGCUAGUGUGGAGACCGGAGAGGCUGACAGUGAUGUCCAGAGGGAUCAAAGUGCCACUGUCUUCAGGGUGGAACCAGGCAGCACUGUAUUUAGCCCAGCCACUGAGCAACCGUUGAUCAGCUUCCCUGUAACUAAAAGUCCGGGACCGUGGUGGGACUGUCAACAUGUUUUGGACUCAGGGGGACACACCAGUGGGAUUUACCUGCUCCGCCCACGCAACACAAACCAUCUACUGCAGGCUUGGUGUGAACAGGACCGUGCCCAGGGUGGCUGGACUGUCAUUCAGAGACGGUUGGAUGGAUCCGUCAACUUCUUCAGAACCUGGGAGCAGUACAAACAAGGUUUUGGCAACCUCAACGGAGAAUAUUGGCUGGGCCUCGAACAUAUGUACUGGCUGACUGCACAAGCAGACUACCGCCUGCGGGUGAUGCUGGAAGAUUGGCAGAGCCGCCAGGUGUUUGCAGAAUACAACCACUUCCACUUGGAGCCGGAGAGCGACUCAUACCGUUUGCGCCUGGGAGAAUAUAACGGUAAUGCUGGUGACUCUCUCUCCUGGCACAACAACAAGGCUUUCACCACACUGGAUCGAGACCGAGAUGCCUACACAGGUAACUGUGCUCAUUAUCAGAAGGGGGGCUGGUGGUACCACAUGUGUGCCCAUUCCAACCUCAAUGGAGUGUGGUACAGGGGAGGUCACUACCGUAGCCGCUACCAGGACGGGGUCUACUGGGCUGAAUUCCACGGAGGCUCCUACUCAUUGAAAAAGGUCACCAUGAUGAUUAAACCCAUCUAACAGUUUGUGCCAGGACCACAGAGCUUGGCUGGGGAGGGAGAAGUAUCAAGGUGGAAGGAGAGCUCCUGUCACCAUGGAGAUGGACAGAGCUGGGUUUGGGAAAGAACAUUGCCAUGGUGAUGGAAACAGUCUGGAGACACAGUCUGGCAUCAGGGUGAGGCUGCAACAUUCUAAAGAUGCACAAAGACUCCUCUGGAAUUUAUGAUAGUCAGAAAACACACUUAAAAGCAAUGUAAUGUGAACACUGAUUUGUUUAGUAAGCCCACAAGAUAUAUUUUUUUUCUAACACUGUAAGUAUGUUACAGAAAUUUGAUCCCCAGUGCCCUGAAGGUGGGUGACUUCAUAUACAAAGAAGCCAACCAUGUCUUGUUCUAUUGAAUAGAGUGAAUUGUUAAAACAAACUCAGUCAGGGCUACAGAUAUUGUG